AUGUCUACCUCCUCAACCGCUCCCGAAGAGAUCAAAGAUGAGGUCAAGAAGGUCCUCGAUGCCAAGCCCGUGAACCAGACCAUUCAGCAGAUCCGCUCUCUCGCCGCCGGCGCUGCGGGAGGCCUCUGCGCGGUCGUGGUGGGACACCCAUUUGAUCUGGUCAAGGUCCGUCUGCAGACCGCCGAGAAGGGUGUCUAUUCAGGUGCUAUGGAUGUCGUUCGGAGGACGAUUGCCCGUGAAGGUCUGGCUCGUGGUCUGUAUGCGGGUGUAUCUGCCCCCCUCGUGGGUGUGACUCCGAUGUUCGCCGUGAGCUUCUGGGGUUACGAUGUCGGCAAAAGUCUCGUUGAAAAGACCACAACCGUGCCGGUUGUCAACGGUACCCCCCAAUACUCCAUUGCUCAGAUCUCCGCGGCCGGCUUCUUCUCCGCCGUUCCCAUGACCUUGAUCACCGCACCCUUUGAGCGGGUCAAGGUUCUUCUCCAGAUUCAGGGCCAGAACCCGCCCCCGCCGGGCCAGAAGCCCAAGUACUCUGGUGGUCUCGAUGUGGUCCGUCAGUUGUACAAGGAGGGUGGUGUUCGCAGUGUCUUUCGGGGAAGUGCCAUGACGCUAGCUCGUGACGGUCCCGGAUCGGCUGCGUACUUUGCUGCGUAUGAGUACAUCAAGCGCUCCUUGACUCCCAAGGAUGCUGAAGGCAAUGUCACCGGUGAGCUCUCUCUCACGGCCGUGGUGGCUGCAGGUGGCGCCGCCGGUAUUGCCAUGUGGAUCCCCGUCUUCCCCGUCGAUACCAUCAAGUCCCGUCUGCAGAGUGCACCGGGUAAGCCCACCAUCGGGGGAAUUGUUCGCACGAUAUACGCCAACGGUGGUCUCAAGGCCUUCUUCCCUGGAUUCGGACCCGCCUUGGCCCGUGCCGUUCCUGCUAAUGCCGCAACCUUCCUGGGCGUUGAACUCGCACACAAGGCUAUGAAGUCGAUGUUUGACUGA